AUGAAGGUGCAGGACCUCAAGGGCAAGUUCAAGAAACCAGUCCUGAAGAAAGUGCACAUGUCGGCUGAUGCCAUGCUUAGUGCCUUGUUGGGCUCCAAACACAAGGUAUCCGUAGAUCUGAGGGCCAACCUGAAGCAGGUCAAGAAGGAGGUGAAAGAGGAGAAAAAGAUGACAUCGAGCCGUCGGCAUCACCUGAAGAGCAUGAUGCUCGCAAGAGGUGUGGUUUUACUGGAGGCUGAAGCCAAACAAGCUGUAGAAUUAAAACAGAGAUACAUGGAGGAAAACUGUGCUUUCGCUGAAUUCCCAUCAAGUAUGCAAGAACUACAGGACCUGUGUAAAACGUUACACCAGCAGAUCGACAGCGUGGAUGAACAGAGAUAUGACAUGGAAAGCAAAGUUGUCAAAGCCGACAAGGAGAUUGACGAUCUGAGGAUGAAAGUGCAGGACCUAAAGGGUAAGUUCAAGAAGCCGGCCUUGAAGAAGGUGCGCAUGUCUGCUGAUGACAUGCUCCAGGCCCUGCUUGGCUCCAAACACCAUGUGUCCAUGGAUCUGAGAGCCAACUUGAAGCAGGUCAAGAAGGAGGUGAAAGAUGAGGAGAAAGAUUCCGUUGGCGACUGGCGUAAGAACAUUGAAGACAAGGCUGGCAUGGACGGCAGGAAGAAGAUGUUUGAGGGUGAGGCAUAAAGGGAUCUUGUGCUGCCGAUCGAGGAACUUCAUGGAAUGUCUCAUUUUAGCUGGGUUAUUGUGUAACCCAGCAAAUGCCACAUAUGCCAAAACAAUCAUGCUCUUACUCACACUAUUUAUGAUUAACAAUCUGUAGGUGGCCACUGUAAACAUUCACCCUUACUUGCACUUAUUCUACAUUUGUCUAAUUGGGAGGUGGCCAUUGUAAAUAAACUGUAUCUGAAAACAACCAUACUGUUUCAUAUCUC